CUGCGAUCCAUCUCUCUCCACUAUACUAACUACAUACACAGAAGUAUACUCAAUCCCUCCCCUCUCCCAUCCAUCCAUGCCCUCUGUUCAUGCCCUAUUUCACCCUUGACCACGACUCGUCCAACUAUCCCACCGGCUUAACACGGCACCUGGACACCACCGUCGAAGAAUAUGUCUUCCCCAUCCUCAUCGCCCUGGCAUGGUGCAAUGCCAUCGAGCUGGUCAUCCUCUGCUUCAACACCUUCCGCCGCUACACGGGCCUCUACUUCUGGAGUCUCCUGAUCGCCUCCAUCUCCAUCAUCCCUUUCGGCCUAGGCUACCUCCUCAAAAUGUUCGCCAUCACCUUCACCCACUACUUCCUGGAGAUCGUCAUCGUCGACAUCGGCUGGGCCGGCAUGGUCACCGGCCAAUCUCUCGUCCUCUGGUCCCGUCUACAUCUCGUCCUCCGGCAUAAGAAACUCCUCCGCGCUCUCCUCUACCUCAUCAUCAUCGACGCCGCCCUUCUCCACACCUCCAGCACAGCCCUCGAACUUGCCGUCAACGCCCUCCCGGAUUCCCUCACCGUGAAUCUGGGCUUCGGGGUCAUCGAACGCAUUCAACUCGUUUGGUUUUGCAUUCAGGAACUUCUCCUCUCGGGGAUAUAUAUCCAUGAGACUGUCAAGAUGUUGCGCAUGGACUCCGGGGGGUUGUCGAGGAGUUUGCUGGUGCAGUUGUUGUUGGUGAAUAUAUUGAUCAUUUUACUGGAUUUGUCGGUCGUGGCUAUUCAGUAUGCGGGGUAUUUUACCUUUCAGGUUACCUUCAAGGCGUUGGUUUAUAGUAUUAAGUUGAAGCUCGAGUAUGUGAUUUUGGGCAGGUUGGUGGAUGUCGCGUAUAUUAGGACGCAAUCGGAGACUCCCAGGUUUCGGUUUUGAGUUGAUACCCAUAUUUUUGUUUCUUUCUUGUUGUAUAAUAUUAAUAGAUAGAUAGAUCGAUUAGAUUCUAGUCUUAGAUGUAUAUAGUCAUUUGGUUUCAUCAACCCGCCUAUUGAAGAUGGUGUGAAGA